CUCUUCCAAUCUCAUCCAUUCCUGUGUGGGUAAUGGUAAUGGCGCUAACUCUAUCCAACACGUUCCUCCAGAGGAAACUUUCAUCUCCAUCUAUUCCUUCAUCAAAGAAACCGAUUCCGACAAUCUCUUCCAUUCGACCUACUUGGAGUUGCAGAAAGAAAGAUGUUCAUCCUCAAUUUUACGAGGACGCAAAGGUGUAUUGUAAUAAUGAGCAGGUUAUGACGACAGGCGGGACACAGCAGGAGUACGUGGUUGAUGUUUGGUCGGGAAAUCAUCCGUUCUACCUUGGAAACCGCUCGGGAGUUCUCGUCGAUGCUGACCAGGUCGAGAAAUUCAAAAGUAAGUUUGGCGAGCUCUCGCAGCUCAUGCAGAUUCCAAAUCUCAAGGGAGAAAUUAUCCUUCCGCCCAAACGCAAGUCUGCAAAAGGGAAGAAGAAGUAGCAGUAGUAUGAAUGACUUCAAACUUGUAUGAUUUCUGUAUUAUCGUCAUGUUUUUUUGUUUGUAAUUUCAUUGACUGCUUUUGAAUCCAAUUUGGAAGAGCAUUUUAAAAAAAAAAAACUAAAGAAAUGCACACUGAUGAAUUUCCAUCAUCA